CACCAGAGGCCCCCAGACACUUGGCCCGUUUCUUAACCACCAGGAGCCACAUGGUGCAAGUUGACAGAGUGCUUGGAAUCUGCGUCGGGGCAUGUCUCCGGCACGAAACGCCACUGGGGACCACGGUCAGAAAUCUUCCGAAAUACCCUGUUGGGCUCUCGCGGAUUGAUGCCGACGUCUGAUCCGCACUCAUGACCAACCUGUAGGUCCCGUGGGGCUUGCAGUGAACAAAGGAUCUGACUUUUGAGGAACCCCUCGGCUUGGGGGCCUUUCUAAGUUCUUGCAAUUGCCCUCUCUUCCCGACACAGCCCCGGCCGCUCAGGGAUUCAAAGCCUGCCUCUAUAUCAGGAACGGGCGCCAAUUCCUCAAAGAUUCCAACAGCGCACUCCUUCAUAUCUGUCAUUCCCUUGACCAUAUAUUGCGCGCUCUUUCCUGGUCGUUUUAAACAUAUCCAAGGUCCCUUCAUCCUGCGCUUUUGAUUCAUACACAUAUCAUCUUAAGUAGCCAAGAUGGCCUCUAUCACGAAAGCUGUUACCUUAGCCCUAUUGGGCUCAAGCGCAUUCAUACUCGCUUCAGUUGAAGCUAGAGAACCAGAAGACCCGAUGAUCACACCAAUGCAAGCAGCGAAUUCGUGCUAUACAGCAACCAUAACGCAGCCGUCACCGCAUAUUCGCUGUGCUCAUUUCAACACCGAAGCGUGCCCUAUGGUGAACUGCUUUAGGGCAGAGACAACUUCCAUCCCUUGUCCAGACAGCAAUUGUCCGACAACCCCUACAUCCAUCAGCUAUACCCCUUGCCAAACAGCCUGCAGCCCGGCAUGCCCGACUGUUACGAUUAGUUGCUCGUCUACGCUUAGCUAGGCCCAAGAGUUCUAGCCACCGAAGCUCGGGUUUUUGUUAACUGGGAUAGAAUUUAAGUGGAGAGGGAGGUCAAUGGGGUCCCGGUUUUCAAUGUAAUCCUUUCACUUCUAAGCGUAUCAUCUGAAAUGUACUUAAAUCCAUCAUGCCUUGAAAGUGGAGCUGUAGCUAGUUCAGUUGAAAGCUCCGAUGCUUGGCCAUGACAGUCCAAUCCACCCCUCCUUUGGCUACCAUCGAUAUUCCGUGGCUAAUAAUAGGGUGCCUGGUUCCCCGUACGGAGUACGCAAUAUUGAACUACUAUUUAUUCCUGUAACGAAGGAACACUCACGGCCAAAGGAUGUAAAUAGCUGAGGGCUG